AUGACAAAUUUCAAGGUCUGGUUCAUCACAGGGACUUCUUCUGGUUUCGGGAAAGCCUUGACCCUUGAAGUCCUCAGUCGGGGUGACAAAGUCAUCGCUUCUGCGAGGAAUGCCAGUAAGCUCGAGGAUCUCAAAAAGGCUGGAGCCGAUACAUUGAGCCUGGACGUGACCUUGCCCCUGGAAAAGCUACAAACACUUGCCGAAGAGGCCCACAGUUGUUACGGACGGAUUGACUACCUCAUCAACAACGCUGGGUACUGUCAAGUAGGAGGCUUAGAAGAGCUGACACCAGAAGAAACUCAGGCCCAAUUUGCAACAAACGUCUUCGGCCCUCUAAACGUGAUGAGAUCCAUUCUCCCGUACAUGCGUGCCAAGCGUUCUGGAGUUAUUGCCAACUUCUCCAGCAUAGGAGCAUGGCGUGGGACACCAGCCGUGGGUAUUUACGAGGCCUCAAAAUGGGCUGUCAGCGGCAUAACGGAGACACUGUAUCUCGAGCUCGCCGAGUUCAACAUCAAGGUCUGCAGCAUCGAGCCGGGCUACUUUCGCUCGAAUUUCCUAAGCAGCGGUCACAAGGGCCUCCACGUCAAACACAUCUCAGACUACGACGGGACGGCAGUGCGGAGGACCGAAGAACGCGUGGAGCGCACUAACCAAAACCAACCAGGCGAUCCUGUAAAGGGCGCAAAGGUGAUCGUCGACGUCCUCACCGGUACCACUGGCAAGGAGAUCCCUCUGAGGCUUGCAUUGGGAGCAGACGCCUACAGAAUCAUCAGAGGAAAAUGCGAAGAGACGGUCAAAGGCCUGGACGAGUGGAAGGAAAUCACUUCCUCGACGGACAUUGAUGCGAAGUAG